AUGAAAGAAGCGGUUGUCGAUAAAGCCACUGUGGUGAGCAUUCGGGAUGUCAAGGUUCCAGCCUUGAAACCAGACGAGGUGCUCAUCCGAGUCGUAGUAGCUGGGACCAAUCCUAAGGACUGGAAAGUGCCUCUCUUCUUGCCGGACCCGUCUCCAACAAACCAGGGCGAUGAUAUCGCGGGCUAUGUUGAGUCUACGGGAGAGGAUGUGAGACAAUUCAAGAAAGGAGACAAGGUGGCUGCUUUCCAUGAGAUGUUUAGCUUGCAUGGAGGCUUCGCCGAAUAUGCAAUUGCUCAUGCGGACUCAACCUUCCAUAUCCCCGACAAGACAAGUUUUGAGGAGGCUGCGACGAUUCCACUAGCAGCGAUGACGGCGGCGCUGGGCCUAUAUCAGAAUUUGAAUCUACCUCUGCCUUGGAAUCCGACCAAUGAGCCAUUGCCAUUAUUAGUGUAUGGCGGAGCCUCGGCUGUCGGGGCGUUCGCGAUUAAGCUAGCCCAGCUAUCAAAUAUCCACCCAUUGAUCGUCGUGGCCGGGAAGGGUGCCUCUUUUGUCGAGACGAUCAUCGACCGAUCCAAGGGCGAUACAAUCAUUGACUAUCGUGAAGGAGUCGAUACCGUACGCUCUAAAAUCGAAGCGGCGGCAGAUGGGCUCCCAAUCCACCACGCCUAUGACGCAAUUUCGGAGAAAGGCAGCUACCUGGACAUCAGCGCCUCGUUGACCGCGCCUGCAACGAUCACAACGGUGCUGCCGACGCAAGAAGGAGAUGUAAUACCGCCAGGAAUUGCCAUAAAACGAACCAUGGUUAUGAGUGUCCACCAGAACCCCGCCCCGGGUAAGACGAUCGAGGAUCGCGAGUUUGGCGCGGUCUUCUUCCCGUUCCUGGGCCGCGGAUUGGCUCAGGGGUGGUUCUCCGGACACCCGCACGAGGUGCGACCAGGAGGGCUACAUGGGUUGGAAGGAGCACUCAAGGACUUGCGAGCAGGCAAGGCAUCAGCUGUAAAAUAUGUAGUGCGGAUUUCGGAGACCGACGGGGUGGAGGCGUAG